AUUUCAGUAACUUGUUCAUGUUAAAAUAGUUCAGUUCAAUAGAAAUUGAAUAUGUUCGGCUGUAAUUUUUUUGCAAUUGCAGUGCUUGUUCUGGCUAUAUCACUUCAGCAAGCAUUGGCCAUUAAAUGUUGGAAUUGUGCAUCAAACGAAAAGGAAUUCUGUAAUGAUCCUUUUGAUCCAAGUAGCCUUACAGAAGCAGAUAAGAACACUUUUUACGUUGAUUGUCCACUAGGCCAAUUUAAUUCCACGGACACAAGUUCCGAACAAAGAGCUGUGUGUAAAAAGAUGAAGAAAAUGGUUGACGAUAAAUAUAUCGUAACUCGGUCAUGUGAUUGGGAAAGUGUGAAUUCAGUGAAAAACGAAUGUUUAAAUCAAACAUCGCCACUUGUCACGACAUUCUUUUGUGAAACUUGUAUAAUAGAUGGAUGCAAUGGUGAAAGCAUGAAUUAAUCUUAAUUGUAUGGCUUGAAUCUUUUUACAAAUAAAGUCGUUAAUUAAUCGGUUCUUUUUGAAUUCAAAACCAAAAAAAAAUUUCAGUUUAUAUAUUUUGGAUGG